UCCCUGGCAGUCUGCAUACCCCACCCCGCACACUCGCUUCCCCAAGCAGAGUCCCGAGCCCAAGAAACCAACCCCCAAGUCCCCAACUCCCCAAGGCGAUGAUGAUAUAGGAUUUACAAUAGAGAGGGAGAGAGAGAGGGAGGUGUGCAGUAGUAAUGGAGUUUGCUCUCUGAUAGGCCGCGGCUAAGCACCAAACCUUGGGGAAUUGGAGCGGCGCGGUGGCGCAGCGGCAGCUUGGGGAAGCGGAGGCUCGCGAGCAGCCAGAGGAGAGGAGCACUAGCCAUUACCCAUCAGAUCAGCUCAGCGCUACCCUACACUGACAUCCAUCGAUCCGAUCGCGCUGCCGCGCAGUGCGGCCACCGCGUGUGUACAAAAGGCCGUGAAGGCGGUAAGAGACCGGGCAGGCCAGCCAGCCAGCCAGGUAAAGAAAGGCGUGAGGCAGAAGCGAGAAGCCCGUGAGCUCCUGCGGUGCGGUGUGCAGGGGAGCGACGAGGGUUUCGUCUCGUCUCACCCCUCCCCCUGGCCGGCGCGGCCAUGGACGCCUACGAGGCGACCAAGGUGGUGUUCUCCCGGAUCCAGGCGCUGGACCCGGACCACGCCGCCAAGAUCAUGGGCCUCCUCCUCAUCCAGGACCACGGCGAGAAGGAGAUGAUCCGCCUCGCCUUCGGCCCGGAGUCGCUGCUCCACGCCGUCAUGGCCAAGGCGCGCAAGGACCUCGGCCUGCUCCUCCCGGCCUCGCCCACCUCCGUCGCCGCCGCGGGCCACGUGCCGUUCCUGCAGCUCCCGCGCCAGAACUCCGGCCGCGCCGGCGCGCCGUCUCCGCUAUCGGUAUCCUCGCCGUCGUCGUGGGCGCAGGCGCCGGCCUUCUCGAGGAGCAACAGCACGAGUAAUAAUGGCGCCGCGGAGGAGGCGGCGGGGGCUGGGGAUGAGCUGCCUAGUCCCGUGAACGGUGGGGCGGCGCCCUUCUUUCCUCACCAGGGCGGGGACGCGCUCCUGGACGAUUUGCAGCUGCAGGAGCAGCUCGCGUUCCUCAACGAGGGCGGCGUGAGCCCCGCGCACCAGCUCCCGGGGCUCGACGCCGGCGAGUGCUGGAGCCCCGGCCCGGGCGAUGGCGGCGGGAUGCUCCCGUUCGGCCUCGGGUGGUCCAACUGCGGCCCCGUGCACCGCCGGAGCGCGUCGGUGAACGAGCUCUGCCUCGGCGGGGGCGGCGGCGGUGACGGAUUCGGGUGGAAGCCCUGCCUCUACUACGCUCGCGGCUUCUGCAAGAACGGCAGCAGCUGCAGGUUCGUCCACAGCGGCCUCCCCGACGACGCGGCCGCGCUCGCCGCCACCAAGAUGGAAGCCACCGCCGAUCAGCAGCAGCAGCAGCAGUGCCAGGACUUCCUCCGCUCCAAGAGCCAGCGCCUCGGCCCCGCCGCCUUCCCCUACUCCCCCACCGGCUCCCUCCCAGGCUCGCCCUCCGCCGCCAGCAAGUGCCUCAGCUUCCUGCUGCAGCAGCAGCAGCAGCAACAACAGCACGACAGAGCCGCCGCGGCCGCGGCGCUGAUGCUGGGCUGCGGCGACGACGCGCACAAGUUCAUGGGCCGCCCGCGCCUGGACCGUGCCGACUUCGCGAGCAUGAUGAGCCCCGGCUCGCGCCAGAUUUACCUCACCUUCCCGGCCGACAGCACGUUCCGCGAGGAGGACGUCUCGAACUACUUCAGCAUCUAUGGCCCGGUCCACGACGUGCGCAUCCCCUACCAGCAGAAACGCAUGUUCGGGUUCGUCACCUUCGUGUACCCGGAGACGGUGAAGCUCAUCCUGGCCAAGGGCAACCCGCACUUCAUUUGCGACGCGCGCGUGCUCGUCAAGCCCUACAAGGAGAAGGGCAAGGUCCCGGACAAGUACAGGAAGCAGCAGCAAGGGGACUUCUCCGGGUGCACGACGCCCACCGGGCUAGACGGUAGAGACCCCUUUGAUCUCCACCAACUCGGUGCGAGGAUGCUGCAGCACUCGAACAGCGCCAAUGAGCUGCUGUUGCGGCGCAAGCUUGAGGAGCAGCAGCAGGCCGCUGAGCUUCAGCAGGCCAUAGAGCUCCAGAACCGCCGCCUCAUGGGCCUUCAGCUGCUUGAUCUCAAGGCACGCACAGCUGCGUCUGCGACAUCGUCGCCACUGCCCACACCAAUUGCAAAUUCCUUUUCUUCUGGCCAACCCGUGAGCACCACCGCAGUCGAGUCGCCACCGGAGUGCGGGGAGCAGCUCAAGUUCAGCGGUGGCUUUGCUCUAGAGGGGAAGGUCAACGGUGCUGAUAAGGAGGAACCUGCUGGCGAGGCGAGCCCGAACGCUGCCGAUAGCGACCAAAGUGGAGAACACAAUUUGCCAGACAGCCCAUUCGCUUCCCCGACCAAGUCUGCUUCAUUUGCGCAUGAGAGCUUCCCAUCUGCCGAGACUGAGAACGCCGCAUCCCGUAUGGGUGCGGACUCUAGCAGCAACACCGACGGCGGUGGUAACCAUCUCCGUCCCCCCACGUUGGACAUUCCUUCGCCGAGGCCCUACUUCUUCCCCAUGCACAGGCUCUCCUCCGAUCACGGAGCUAUGGGGUUGUAAAGUUCACCAUUGGAGCCUAAUCAUAGAAUACAACAAGCCAAGAAAAGCGAUGGUGGAAUAUAGGGAAAAAAGGAGUGAAGUGUCAGCAUAGUGUUUGUUCCCUUUCUUUUGUUCUUAGUCCACUCUUUUUAGUGGAUAGCUCUACUAAACCACAAGAGAAGAUGCCAUUAGCCUUGAUUAAGAAAGCGGCGGCAUAUGAAGUAUUGCUAGAUAUAUAUAAUAUAUAUAUAUACAAGUAAUCCAGUGUUACCCCUAGUUAUUAGAAGACAUAUAUACUACUAGUUGUCCUUAGUUUUACCAGUCGCUGAUUCCAUCAGCACAAAUGAUUUUACUGUUCCAAGAUCCUUGAUGUACUCUGCAACUACAGCCACCUCUACUAGGUUUACUAAAUCGUGAGGUUAAUCCACAAUGCUGGUACCAGCCAACAGCCACAGGUCUCAUGUAACACCAGUACAGCUACAGCCUGCUGCAAGCUGCAGAUAUUGUAUACAGGGGCGGCCCAGGGACUGGAGAAGGAGCACAUGGCCAUGGCAGUGAUCUGUGAGGUAUUUUAACUGCAAGAUCCCAAGCCAUUCCGAUGGAGUAUAUUACAGCAGCUGUGUGAGAUCUCAUAUGUCUAUAAUCUUCAGUCGCUCCCUGUGUUUAUGUCUCCAAGUAUCAACCCCUGAUCAGCACAGGCAAGUCGCUACAAAAUAUGUGAUUAUUUUGCUUUUGUUCCCAUCUGGUUGAGUGGAUCCCACAUCCCAGUGUAGUUGACACCUCUACAGAAAGAAUGAAAGUAAAGUGAGAAAGAAAAUUUAGAAGUGCUUUGCCCCCUCCUUUCUCUGCAUCUCCACUGAUAGACAGGGUACUGAUUUGUUUGUUGGGGCUGGUUCUCGAGUAUCCUUGAGAUACUGAUAUUGCUGUCAGGAUCUUGGUUAAAGCCAUCGAUCCAAGAUUGAUGAUA